CCCAUAGUUUGUGCUAUUAUGACCAUUGUGAAAGUGAAGAUAGAUGAUGCCAGCCAUAUCAUAAUCAUGAACAUCAACUUACAAAUUCCAUUAUAUUAGAACCUGCCCUUUAUAACACUUAAUUCACUCAAAUAUUUUAAACACUUGCAACUCCUAAAACCACUUUGGUAGUUAUUUUUCUAACUGACAAUCCUCUGCCAACAUGGAGGAAGGUACAAAGUUUGAGUACAAUUCUGUAAGGAAUUGCAAAAUUAAAGGAAAAGGUGGAUUUAGAGCUUCUUCCUUCAUCUAUGGUUUUGUGGCAUUAGACAAUAUUGGAUUUGUAGCAAACAUGGUGAGCAUGGUACUAUACUUGUCAUUCAAGAUGCAUUUCGACUUGAGCGGUUCAGCCAACACGGUUACCAACUUGUUAGGCUCAACAUAUUUGCUCUCUGUAAUUGGAGGUUUCAUUUCUGAUACUUACCUCAACAGAUUCAACACCAUAGUCAUUUUUGGAACUGCUGAAAUACUCGCAUGGGCGUUGAUGACGAUUCAAGCUCGUUACUCAAUUUUGCAACCAAAAUCAAAUUCAUUAGAAGGUGGAAUAGCAGUAUUGUUUUAUGUAUCAGUGUGUUUGUUAGCAUUGGGUACUGGUGGUGUAAGGGGAGCAUUACCAGCAUUGGGUGCAGAUCAAUUUGAUGAGAAGAAUACAAAAGGGGCAGUUGGAAAAUACUUUAACUGGCUAUUGUUAAGCUCAGUAUCAGGUUCAGCUAUUGGUGUAACAAUUAUUGUUUGGGUUAGCACUAAUAAAGGGUGGUGGAUGGGUUUUCUCAUUAGUUUUGUUACUACUUUUCUUGGUUUCAUUAUUUUUGUCUUUGGAAGGCCAUUCUAUCAACUUCAACUUCCUGCUCAAACCCCACCACUUACAAGGAUACUCCAGGUUAUCGUUGUGGCGAUCAGAAACCGAAAGUUGCAAUUACCAGAUAACCCUCAACAAUUGUAUGAGAAAGACUCAGAGUCAUCAGAACCAAAAAUUGCUCACACUAAUCAAUUCAGGUGUUUUGACAAAGCUGCAAUUGUUCCAAAAAGUGUUGAAAUAAGAGAAUGGAGAGUUUGCACAGUGAGUGAAGUUGAAGAAGUGAAAAUAGUAACAAGAAUGUUGCCUAUAAUAGGGAGCACCAUAAUAAUGAACACAUGUUUAGCACAGCUUCAGACUUUCUCAGUCCAACAAGGUUAUCGAAUGAAUCGUCAUUUUGGUUCGUUUGAAGUACCUGCACCAUCAGUACCAGUCAUUCCAUUGCUCUUCAUGUGUAUUCUCAUACCUAUUUAUGAUUUAGUAUUCGUUCCAUUUGCUCGUAAAAUCACAAAUCAUCCCUCUGGAGUCACACAACUUCAACGUGUAGGCGUUGGAUUAGUCUUAUCUAUCAUGUCAAUGGGUAUAGCUGCAUUGGUUGAGAUAAAAAGGAAGAACGAAUCAUUGAAAAAUCCAUUGAAACCUAUACAUGUGUUUUGGUUAUCAUUCCAAUAUGCAAUAUUUGGUAUUGCUGAUAUGUUUACAUUAGUUGGAAUGCUUGAGUUUUUCUACAAAGAAGCACCUACUGGAAUGAGGUCACUUUCUACUUCAUUUACAUGGAUUUCACUAUCGUUUGGAUACUUUUUGAGCAGUGCGUUUGUUGACAUUAUUAACGCAGUUACUAAAAGAGUUUCAUCAAGUAAAAAAGGAUGGUUGGAUGGACAAGAUUUGGAUCAUAACAAUUUGCAACUUUUCUAUUGGUUUUUGUCUAUUCUAAGUUGCCUCAACUUUAUAAAUUAUGUUUAUUGGGCUUGUUGGUACAAGUAUAAAUCAGAUGAUCAUCAGACUUCACCUGAUGGUAAUGUUUUGCCUAAAUCAGCUUCUGUUAGUAGGGUGCCAUUUCUCAAGGUAGAUCAUGUGGAGAAUUAAAUGAUUCGUCUUUCCGGGAUUUAUGUGUUUUUCAUUCUUUUUGAGUUUAUUGUAAAAGCUUGAAAUUAAAUGAAGUAUCUUCUACUCUUCAUUCA